AUGGAUGGGCCGGCGUCUGGUGACAUGGACUUGAUUGACUUGACGCUUCAGAACCCCCCAGUGCCAUCCGUGUCCCCUGCUCUCCCUGCAACCACUUCAACAAACCCCUACGACGAUAUUCGACCUCCACUUUCACCCUCAAUCCUUCAUUCCUCGCAAUCAGACCAUGCGGCUCUAUCGUCCGCAGCUCUGGCCAUGGCCCUGAAGCGAAGAGACGUGGCUGUCGCUGCCGUAGCCGCUUUCGUUGCUUGGGGAUAUGCUGUGAGCUGGUUCUCCGUGUUACGAUGGGCCGGAUAUGCAUUUGUGGCCGGCAUCCUUGUCACCAUUAUCGGCCUCGUCGCAACUUUAUUAUUGACAGCGCAGCGACCGAAACGUGUGCCGACACAGCUUCCUAGGGCUUCCUUUCUAGACGCUAGUCGCUGGAAGAAAGAAGUGGCUGCUUUAAAGAAACGACAAACAUACGAGAGGCAGAGACUGGAACUUGGUUGCUCACCGCAUGUUGUUGAUGCUGUCGAUGGCCUACUCGACUUGAUCCUUCGCGACUUCGUGCGCAGCUGGUAUUCCCAUAUCAGCUCAAACCCUGUUUUCCCGAACCAAGUCGACCGCGCGGUGCGCCUGGCAAUCACGAGUUUGAUCGAGUCGUUACGACACAAGGACUUGGCAGAAAUAGUUACGAGUCGUCUUAUUCCAAUUCUCACUGCCCACUUCCGCGAUUUUUACGAUGCUGAAAAGUCAGUCCGAGGGAGAAAACUAAACCGCUCAGUUACGGAAUCCGAAGAGCUGGACCUGGCCAUUGCGUCCAAGUACAAGGAUGGGCGCCUGCACCCUGCCGCCUCUCUGUCAUUCCCAGACACCAAGAUGGUGCAGCAGGAUUAUCUGAGGUCUCUUGCUGAGAGAAUUGUUCCCAAGGUAUUGCCCGAACAUAUGCUAGCCAGUAGGUCCGUGUCUAUCAUCAUUCGCGAGAUUGUCAGCUGCGCUGUGCUGUCCCCAGUGCUGCAGCUGUUAUCUGAUCCAGAUACAUGGAAUCAAGUGAUGGAAAACUAUGGCCGCAGCAUGUUGCAGGACAGGUCGACAGUUCGCAAGCUUAGAGCGGCACUUGAUCAGCAUGCAUCACCAACGCCUCGGACAGUGAAGAUGGCACAAGCACCCAGGCUAAGCCCGGGCGACAGUGAGCGCAAGUUUGAAAAGUUUAUUCGUGGCAUACGGAAAGUGAACAACUUGUCAGAUGCGCGGCGUUUCCGGAGCGAAGUGGCUAGCCAACUGAAGCGAGACUCGCUACAGGAGAAUCAGGAACCGGUAUAUCUUAGGCGCUUGGAGAUGGGCAAGCGACUGCUGGACCAAAAAGUCCAGCAACUUGCCGCUGGUGGUGAUCGUCAACCCGUGACGUUCAAUGCACCAACUGCGCCUGUUGCAACGGCUUCUAGGUUAGAGAAUGUUGCUCUCGUUGAGCUCUUGAGGGACGCGUCUGGACUUUCAUAUUUCAUGGAAUACAUGGACCGCCAGCGUUUAAUGUCUCUGGUGCAGUUCUGGCUAGUAGUGGAUGGGUUUCGAAACCCAUUGGAGGAUGAUGGCCAAGAAGAUGAACAAAACCCCUCCAACUUGCCCAUGUGGACCGAAUCAGAUCGAAUGGACCUGCAGCAAAUCAACCAAGCAUACUUGUCACGUCCCGAAUUACAUGUCCCAGAGACAUCUAGGAAGGAAGUCCGCCAGUUCCUUGAAGCUGGCAAAUCCGCGACACCCUUACAAUAUCAUCGAGCUAGAAAAUCUAUUCUCAAAGCGCAAAGCGCAGUUUUGGAGGAGAUGCAGUCACAGCAUUACCAUGGCUUCAAGAAGUCUGAUCUAUACUAUAAGUGUCUCGCAUCCCAAGACACAUCCACGGCAAGCUUGGCACCACCCCCCUUACCAGCAGCUCAUCCUCCCACAACACGAGCAUCGCAAUCUUAUCAAGCCAAACCAAAACCGGUCUCUCGACUUGCAACAUCCGCCUCAAGUCAAACUACUAGGCGAUCUGGUUCUGCGGCGGAUCUCCGUGGUCUGGACGUCAACACGAAUGGGCAUGAUCCUCUGACUCAGUCUCGACGGUCGCUAGAUGAGUCCGGAUCAGGGCCGCUUUUCGACGACGACGACGUGGAAAACGACGGGUUAAUGGACUCAGUUCACAGCGUGGGUGAGCCUGAGCCACCACAACAGGUGGCCCCAGACACGCAUGUCGUCCAAGCCGUUGAAGAAGCUUUGAACAACAUAUUGGAUGAUGAAAGACCCCAGACGGCAGAGGACUUGAGAGCGUCCCUAUUUGGAGACGUCGACGAGACUGACGCAAGCUUCUUGGCCAGCAACGACCGCCAGUCCAACCGCGAUUCGAUAGACUCUGGACAACCUGUUGUAGCUGCCAAAGAUCAGGAGAAGCCUAGUUUGUCGUCCUUGGGUUUAGUCAGUGCAGCGUCAAGAAUCGGAGUUUUCGUCGACGAUGAUUUGUUUGCGGACGAAGACAAGUUCCUUGCAGAUGAAGUUGACGAUACUGGAGAAGGUACCACGGAUAGAGACGAAGAGGAUGAAGUCCACGAAGCAGCACCAGGUGACCUUGGCCUCGCAGAAGCCAUCAGCGCGUUGACCAACGACAUUGAUCGCUUAGCAGCACAAGAGGCCAUUGUGGACUCACUGACGCGAAAAGCCGAGCUAACAAACAAUACCUCUGAGCUACGAAUCCUGCGCAAAUCCAAGGCGAGCUUACAAAGAGAAAUUCGGCGCAAAGAGCUUCAACGACAGCAGUAUGUUGUUCAAGAGAGUGACAACAGUCUGUAUGGUCGGUCUACCAUCAAGAUCAAGUCGAUUCAGGUGGGCCGGGAGGAUGACGGCAGAGAAUUUGCUAUGUAUGUUGUCGAAGUGCAACGCAAUGCUGGCGAGCAAAUGCCUGCGGCAUCGUGGAUUGUUACAAGGCGAUAUAGCGAGUUCCAUGACCUUCACCAAAAACUACGAUCCAGAUAUCCGUCAGUGAGGAACCUGGACUUUCCUCGCCGAAGAGUAGUCAUGAAAUUCCAGAGCGAAUUUCUCCGAAAGAGAAGGGAGGCCCUGGAAAAGUAUUUACGAGAGCUACUCCUCCUUCCAGAAGUUUGUCGCAGCAGAGAACUUCGAGCCUUUUUAUCCCAGAGUGUGAUCACUCCUGGUCAGGAUAUAUUGGAUCGUGAGGAUAAGAAGGACAUUGUGUCUCGUCUGUACGAUUCGGUCGCGGAUGGCAUGGACGAUAUCCUGGGCAAUAUACCUGUUCUGGAUCAAAUAUCUGUGGCUGGUCAAAAUCUCAUUGCCGCCGCCACCAAUCAACUAAAUGCGAUGCCACUCAACGUAAAUGAAGACACGUUUCCCGCCGCCGAAGCAGAAGCAGAGCUGAAUGCCUUCGAGGACAAGGAACUAGAGCCCUUUAUCAAACCUAUCUGUGAUAUAUUCUUGGAAGUUUUUGAAUUGAACAGAGGCAACAACUGGCUCCGUGGACGAGCCGUCGUUGUGGUCCUGCAACAACUCCUAGGGGGCACUAUUGAGAGAAAGGUGCGGGACAAUGUCAAAAUGCUCCUACAGGAUGAGUCUAUUCUUCGGUAUAUUUCUCUGGUAGAAGACAACAUGUGGCCUGAUGGAGUCCUACUCCGCGACAGAAAGCCUAGGUCCGAGACGCAGAAGAAGAAAACCCGAACGGAGGCGAGUCUUAUGUUGGCUACACUUGUACCAGAUUUGGCUGGAAAUGUUGUUGGGAGGGCGAAUGCGCAAACUGCCAGUCGGCGCAUUUUCGCGACGUUGAACAAUUCCCGACUCAAUGCCCAUUUGGUAUUUACGAUGCUGGAUGAAAUUAUAUCCAUCAUGUUUGAAGAUUCAUAG